GUUCCACUAUUUGUUUCACUCUGACAGGGAAAGGGAUGGAAUCUGUGAAAUGAGGCUUCAAAUUGCCCGCAGCAAAAUGCCUCCUCUUCUGAUACUCAGUUUAUUUGUUUCGCUCCUUCAGUCUGGUUUCACCCAAAAAAAUCCCAAUCAUUUUUAUAUUUUCGGUAAGACGGAUAACAUUAUGUUAACUGGACCAGACAAUCCUGGAAAUGGCCCUGUUGUGUGGGAUUGGAGACCAAGCUUCACACAGGUCACCCAGCGACUUGUGACAUUUUCUAAAGAAGGAUCCAGAGGGUGGACCCCACAACUGGAAGCAAACUCCUCAUUCCAUGGCAUCUUUCGUGAAAUGGAGACUAACACUGAUACUAUUGACUUGACAAUUUGGGAUCCCACAUUGAAAUUUGCAGGAUCUAUCAUCCUGGCGCAAACAGAACCGAGUUAUGAAAUCCUGAAGCAAUACGAAAUUUUUGGGAUCAAAGUUGAGACGAGACCACAGAGGCCUGUGGAGGGCAGUGACAUCACCCUCAGCUGUACCAUCUCCAGACUCCUAGAUACCGUUAGUCUCCACUGGAAACCAGUGGGCUCAUCCCAGCAGAACAGGAGAAACACUGAUCAGAUCCGUCUGAAUAACACUGUCUAUCUGAUGGUCCAACACGUUACAGUGGAGGAUGGGGAGUUGUAUCAGUGUGAAGUGCAGGAAAACGGAAACAUUGUUCUCACAAUCAAAUCAGAUUUUACUGUAGGCACAGGUCGACAUAAUAAACGUUACUCACUUUAUCGCUCAGCAACGGAUGACAGUGAAUUCCACUUCCUCUGUUACAGUCGUUUUGUUCACAACAGUGCUGCCUGGACUUGGCUGUCACGUCUUCAUCAAAAUCUGAGGAAAACAAUUGCAACAGCAUUGAAAUCUCAGCCCAUGAGUGUCAAUGAGAGUCACUUUGUGAAUCGACUGAUGUUCACAGAGACACGUUUUAAUGGCAGGAAUUUCAGUGUGAGGGUUUUUCCUGUGGUGUUUGAAGAUGCAGGAGAUUACACCUGUACUCUGGGAUUAAGUGUAUUUAGGACUAUCACACUAAUCACAGUUAAAGUCACAGCUGAACUGUCUGAUACGGUGACUGAGGGAGACACAUUUACCCUGAGCUGCUCUGUGUCUGACGUCACUGCAUCAACCAGACUGGUUUGGAUCAACGGAGACGGUGAAACUGUUGGAGACAAAACACUGACUGGGGACGAGAAAUCACUGAGUCUGAUCAUACAGAAAGCUGAGAGAGACAGAGGGAAAUGGACGUGUGGUGUGUUUGAUCAAGACAGGCUCCAACUUUCAGUACCAUAUAAUCUGGAAGUCAGAGUUAACUACACCAAUAUUGUUAUUAUUGGAAGUCUGGUUCUUCUGCUCAUCAUUAUCCUGGGACUGGUGCUGUGUUUGAAGAAGUGCAAGAGAAAAGAUCAGACACCUGCAACUGAGACCAGUCAUGUUGCUGAAUAUAGGUCUGUCGAUAUGAAGUCAAAGCAAGAAGACACAGAGGAAGCUAUUCAUUAUGGGGAUAUAAAUUUUAAAAAUAAAACAUCAGGUAGCAGACGUGACAUGCAGGACAGUAACAAAUCAUCAGUUAAUGUUGGUGAUUCAAAGGAUGAUCAACAUGGUAUCAUCUAUGCACAAGUAGCCCAAGUAACAUGAAUAAACUCAUAAACACAAGAAAUUCCGCAGACGCUGGAAAUCCAAAGCAACGUAAACAAAAUGCUGGAGGAACUCAGCAGAUCAAACAGUAGCCACGAAAAUGAACAGUCAAUGUUUUGGGCCAAGACCCUUCUU